CAGAAGUAGAAAACAUCAGCAAAGGUCUCCAUGAACCGGCACGUGUUCGCGAGCAUCCGAGAAGAAUCUGAACCGUAAUGAAAGACGAGCGGUCCGUGGAGCAGCGGUUGGCGGUGAGGCGGCUGCCCUGGGUGGUGGGGGCACUUUCCGUGCCACUGGCUGGGACCUCCCUUGGCUCAGCCUCCGAGCCCAGCUCUGUGUUCCAGCCCCGAGCCCCCCAACCUCCAGCCGGCGGCCGUGAGGCGGCUCCGGGGGCUGGGGUGGAUGUCAGAGCCCGGGGAGGCCGCGCUUCCCCCCGGCCCCAGAACAACCACCCCCCCCCCCCAUCAGACCCAACCCUUGGAGAGGCCGCAGCCCCCGGUCAGCGGGCUCCAGUGGAAAAUCUGUUGCUCAGGAUGGUAAAUCUGCUGCACUGGGGAACGUCAGAGGAGCUAUCGAACAGCUUUUCCAGAUAUCCUGGAUGGAGAAAUAUGAACGUGUCACUAUAGUGAUGAAGAGCAGAGUUCUCCCAGUGUCUUGUCAAGCAUUUUUCUCAAUCAACAUGGGGAGCUUGCUAUGUGAAACUUGACUGUAUAUUUUCUGCAUUAUGGUUGUAAACACACUUCUCAAGUGCUUCAUUGACAAUAAGCUGCUUUGGGAAGUGAUAUGAAAGGCACAAUAUAAACACAAAUCUUUUUCUGUCUUGUUCUACUGACGAGCUAAAGCAGACCUAUUUAAGAUAGUCCUCGGUUAGCGGAUUAAAUUGCUGGGUCUCAUCCAGGGUUCCAAGAACAAUACUCCAAUUGGGCUCAGCACCUUGAACAAAAUUAGUGUAGAAUCUACACAGUUUCUGCUCCUGAUCACUAUACAGUGACCCAUUUUUGGAACACACAUGGAAAUAGGCUGCUUGAGGUCACAAUGGGUGUGUUGCCAUUCACAGAAACCAAGCUGAGGUGCAGUAAGUAUCUAUCAAAGUCUGAGAAACAGUAAUGACUGAGGUUUCCACUAUGGCAAGAAUCAACACUGCAAACCAAAAGCUGCUUAUUCCUUAAGGUCAAAUAUAAGCAAGGGCACUUGUUUCUGUGGGAGGGAAGUUGCAGGGUGGUAUCAAUGUUUUAAAACGUAUCUGCAAAGAUUUGCUCCCUACAUGCCUGUACAUUGCAAAAUAUUUAACUUGUUUUUUCAUGAAUGCCCUUUAGAAAUAUGUAGUCACCAAAUUCUUGCAAUGAAUGAAAACAAACAGCUUUUACUUUGCAUUUUCCCCACAGGCAUAUUUGAAGCUGCUUAUGGCAAUUACACAUCCGCCGCAGCCAGCAACAUAGACUUUGAGAACAAAAUGUAUUUACACUGUGUUCAUAUGUUUGCACUUGUAUACUUAAGAUAAUCUUCAUAGGACACUUCAUAGGGUCAUAACAAAUAAAAACUGACUUUAAGUCACAUUAGGAGAUAAUAGGUAGAUGAUCAAAAUCUUGGCAAAGAGGUAGAGUAAUUUUAGUACUGGGACACUACUUGAACUUUGAAUCUUUAACUGCUGCUGCAAUGAAGUUUUGGCCCAAGUUGAAACCUGAACAUACAACAUGACCAACCAUCCCUCCGCAUGCGCAUAGAAUACAGCAACAACUAGUCACUGUUUUAAACAAAUGAAGAAAGUGGCCGUGAGAAUCACGCUGAUUGAGAUAUCACUGGGGGAAUAAUCAGUUUUGAACAAUAGAUUGUUUCUGAUGCAUUACACAACUUGUUUCCUUUCAUGAGAACAUGAGAAUAAGGAUUUGGCCAUAUGGACAUUGAAACCUUUUUAAAGACUCAUUAGGUGAUGAAUGAUCUUCUACCUUAGUGUCAUUGACAGCAUAUCCUUGAUUCCCCUAAUACAUGUGACCCCUGCGUUAUGGCCUUUCGAAUAACAGAAUGUACACAUCACUCCCCAAAAAUCUGAGAUAUGGAAUAAAAUAUG